CAAACUGUGUCAGUUCUCUUGGCGCCGUGGAGGGGAAACUAUACAGCUCAAGCAAGGAGGGAGAAAGAGAGAGACACCGAGAGAGCGAGAGACAUAAACACAGAAAUAGAGAGAGAGAGUUAGGAGGGAAACUCUGAAGUGUUUGCGUUUGUUGUGGGUUUUAUCCGUGGAUGUCAGCACUUAUUUGCUUCUCUAACCUAAGCAGUUCCACUGCUUAUUUCACCCGAGGGCUAUUUUUUUUUUAUUAAGAGCCACAAGCAAAAACAUUGUUUCCACUUUAAAGAUGAGAAUAAGCAUUUAAAUUGGGAUCAUUUAAGCAGAGUAAAGGCUUGCGCCAUGACAACGAGGGAGCUCCUGCUUCUGGCUGUUCACCUCUCCCUGGUGGUCUCUUCCUUGUCUGAAUGCCCUCCUGGAUUUGAGUUAACCGCCGAUGGUGUUUGCAUUGAUGAUGACGAAUGCAAGGAAUUCCCAGAGUACCCUUCUGACCCUGUGUGCGGGGAAAACGCAGUGUGUGUCAACACAAACGGCAGCUUCCGCUGCAUGUGUGAGGAUGGCUUCGAAACUUCAAGAAGGGAGCAAAGCUUUGAGUCUGAUGAGGGGGAAACAUGCAUAGAUAUCCCCGAGUGUGAAAGAGAAAAAGGCCUUUGUGAAAAGCAUGGAGAGUAUGCUGAGUGUCACAACUCUGUGCCAUUCUACUCCUGCAUCUGCAAGAUGGGAUUCAUCACUUCCAGUGGGCUGGAGAUUUUGGUAGACGAUGACAAGUGUAUUGAUUUGAAUGAAUGUCAACAUGAGAAUAUCUGUGGGCCAAACUCCUCAUGUGUUAACACUCCGGGAAGUCACCACUGUGAAUGCAAAAAAGGGUUUGCAUUGAGCUCUGACCAAACCACUUCCGAGGGGGCUGCAGAGAUAUGUAAAGACGUAUGUGAGAUGGAUAAGACAAUCUGUGGAAAUGGAACCUGCCACCCGGGAAAAGAUGGACAUGAGUGUGCAUGCCACGCCGGAUUCAGCAACUACGGCAACAAUAGGUCCCGUUGUGUUGAAUUAAACUGUGAGGUGUUCACGAAUGCGUUGAAUCAACAAGAGAGUGAUCCAGAUGUAACUAGUGUCCUAAGGAUGUUGAAGGGCAGCUGUCUGAACCUAAGCGAGAGCGAAACUCCCACCAGCUUGGACGGAGAGGAAUUUCUUGAGAGGCUGUUGUCUAUGAUAGACAGGCUCCUGUCGGGCGGAACCGUCUUGGAUAACAAGCAGGUAUCCUUCAUCCUGAGUCUAGUGGAGAGCAGCCUGGGUCUGAUCGCUCCCUUCAUGAGCAAGAACAGAACGCAGGUCUCCAAAGCUCACGCAGAGCUGGAGAUGGUGCUGUUUAAAGGUCCUGGUUUCCCCCAGGGACCCGCGACAUUGUUAACUAAACAUGCCAAGCUGCAGAUGCAAUGGGAAACAGCUGCUGGAAAAAACUCCACUUACCCAGGCUUUACAGCCCUGUCCUUGCUGAGCUACUCAACCUUGGAGAACUCCACCAAUCGGUCCUUUAGUGGGAUCAAUGUAACAAAAGAAAUCAGCCUUCAGAUGAAUUCUAAAGUGGUUACUGUUAAAGUUAGUAACCCAGACACUGCCGCCCUCCAAGUGCCGGUGACAUUAACCUUCAACCACCUGCAAAGAACAGACAAGGCCAACGACUCGAUCUGUGUUUACUGGGACUCGGAGGCCGACGGCGGGUCCUGGUCGACUGAUGGCUGCGACACCCUCCACUCAGGUGCUAACUACACGCUGUGCUCCUGCAAGCACCUCAGCAGUUUCGCUGUCCUCAUGGCCCUUCACGACAUAGAGGACCCGUAUGAGAUGAAGGUGUUCACCUGGGUGGGUCUGACGCUAUCACUGGUUUGCCUCUUCGUCUGCAUCCUGACUUUCGCCCUGAUCCGCUCCAUCCAGAGCCCCAGGAACAGCAUUCACCUCCACCUGUGCCUCAGUCUCUUUGUCGCAAACCUGGUCUUUCUUUGCGGCAUCACUCGCACAGAGAACCAGACCGGCUGUGCUGUGGUGGCAGGGCUGCUGCAUUACUUCUACCUGGCGGCCUUCUGCUGGAUGUGUCUGGAAGGCAUUCAGCUCUUCAGGAUGGUGGUCCUGGUCUUCAACACCAGCUUCCAGACGGUCCGCAUGAUGGCUGUGGGCUACGGAGUACCGGCGGUGAUAGUCGCCAUCUCCGCACUGGUCAAUUCCGGCGGAUACGGCACAGAGAAAAAUUGCUGGUUGAACUUGGAAGGUUCGUUCAGGUGGAGUUUCUUCGGUCCUGUCUGCUUCAUCAUCACAGUGAACAUUUUCUUCUUCUUCGUCACCGUGUGCAAGCUGGCACAGAAGUUCUCAAGUUUAAACCCUGACUUAGACAACUUACACAAGAUCAAAGCUUUCACUAUCACCGCUGUGGCCCAGCUGUGUGUACUUGGCACCACGUGGAUCUUUGGCUGUUUCCAGUUUGGGAAUGGCCCGUCAGCCAUGUCUUACGUGUUCACCAUCCUCAACAGUCUGCAAGGCGUUCUGCUCUUUGUAAUGCACUGCCUGCUCUACAAACCGGUAAGAGAUGAGUAUGGAAAGAUAUUCUCCAGAUUUUCCACACCACAGAAGAAGUAUUCAGAGUUCACUUCCUCCCAGUCAAGCAAAGCACAGACUUCCAAGAGUACCCAGAACACUGGGGAGUCUGGCAUAUGAAGUGCUGUCGGAAGGCUGAAGCUUGUAGAGUGGAGCUAUGUAUGUCUUUGGACCCCCUCCAACGUCUUCGGGGAGUACUUCCUGUUCUUAUUCUCUAUAUAUUUGUUGUAAAAAUGCUGAAAAUGUUUGCCUUCCUAGUAGCUGGUUGGUUGCACUGCAGUAACGAAAAACCCUGCUGUUUAAUUUUGCAUAUCCAGACAUACUGUAGGUUCCCCCCUCCCCUCUCACUCUCCCACUUCCAGAUCAGGUUUCAAAUGUGUCUCUUUUUGUGGGUGUUUGUCCACAGGCACACACAAAUGUAAUGGAGGAAUAAUGGCUAUUGAGUCAAUGAAUGAAACAUCAAUUUGAUGGAUGUUCCAAAUGGUGUACUUUCAUUACUCCAUGAAUGUAAAUACAAUGUCUGACUUUCAGUCAGGGAUUCUUAGUUUGAGCUUUAACCUCUGUAAUGACAAUCUUACCAAGACAAGUCUGUGGAUGGAUGUUUAGUUUUUUGGUUAGCAGUCUAUGGUUAAUUCAGUUUGUUGUGUACAUAAUUGUUACGCUGUAUAUAAAAUGCUCUCAAUUCCUUGAUUGAAAGUGUCAAAUAGGAUACAGAGAUAUGUUUAAAAUGUACAUUUGUGUUUAUAUUGUUAUUUUGAGUAAGGCGUUUAGGCUUUAAUAAUGUAUGUAUGUAGUGCCAAAAUGGAGUGAUAGGAUUGUUGAUCAAGCUCUAUCUUCACUGUGAAGUGACUCUUUAAUAAGGAACCAAAAGACGACGAUUUCUGGGUAUACACUGAGGAGUACCUUAAUAAUUGAAUCAUUAGGAUAUACAUUUUAGCCCUCUUUAUGUCAGAUGAUGCUUAAAUUCUGUUUGUGUUAGCCUUGAAGCUCUGUCGCUGAAGACUCUUAAACACGACUUAUUUGCUGCACAUUUUGUCCUUCAAUGUGCGAAGGACGUCAACUUGUGCAAUAAAACACAAAUCAUAGCUCUGCUUUCCUCACUUUAAGUGGUGUUUUUCCUAAUAUAUAACACAAAGGGAUUGCUAGAUCGGGGCUAUGGACCACUGCAAAUCUCAAUGGCUUGACCUGAACUGAAUUGCAGGUGAAAUAUGAAGUUGAUAGAACAUAAUUACCUUUAGAGGUGAGGCCUUAUGAUUUAUGAGGACCUUAGUAGUUUUAGAAAUAGUAAAGAAAUGGCCUUAAGUGGUGAACUAGGUUAAUUAUGCCACUGAAUUGUUAUUUUUUUAUGUGUAUUUGAUAUUGGUUUCUCAUAAUUAAAAUAAAAUAACAUUUGUAAAAAUAGACAUUAGCUUUAAAGUA